AUGUUCUCAAUAACGCUAGCUAUCAUCUUUCUUUUUUUAACUGUUGUAUAUUUUUAUUUAAAAUCUGUCUAUUUUACAUUACAUGGCCCAAUACCAGGUAUUCCACCACAAUUUUUAUUUGGUAAUUUACUUCAAACUGGAAUACUUUCACGAAAACCAGUAUCUUUGCCAGAUGUUAUUCUACAACUGAGAGCUAAAUUUGGCGACGUCUAUCAAUUUUGGUUUGGCUCCAUGCGUUUAAUUAUGAUUAAUUGUCUUGAAGAUGCACAGUAUAUAUUUUCUCAUCGACAUAUUUAUGAUCAAGGAGAUCUUUUUACUGAAAAUAUGAAACUAAUCAAUCCAAAUGGAAUUAUUUGCUUGAAAGGUGCUAAAUUCAAACGACAUGCCAGUGUAAUAAGUUCAUUAUUUCGUCGUGGAAAAAUUCUUAUUCAUUUAGAUACAAUAAUUAAUUGUACAGAUAAAUUAUUAGAUAGGUGGCGUAUUCAUUAUAAUGAUCCAACAAAAAUUCAUUUGAACAUGAUAGAACAAUCACAACAAUUAUUAUUAGCGAUAUUUGGUUUUAUUGCUUUUGAUUAUGAUUUAGAAACACUUGAUGAUAAUUCAGAAAAUAGUCAAAAUGAAUUGACUCAGGCAUUAUAUUCAUUAUUAAAUACAAUGCAAAUAUUACUUCAAUUACCAACAUUUUUAGGUCGAAUCUUUUUCUUUUUAAAUUUUAAAGCACGACGAGCACGAACUAUUAUUGAUCGAUAUUUAGAAAAGAUGAUUGAACAUGAAUUAAAUACAACAAUAGACAUGAGAAUGGAACGUAAACGAACAUGUUUUAUUGCGUCAUUAGUUACUUCUUUACAAGAAAAUGAAAAACUUGAAGCAGCUAAACCGGAAGAAGAGAAAAAAGGUAGAUUCUUUAAUAAUGAUUAA